AGAUGAGCAACGCCCCCUAGAGUCAGGCAUGACUGGACUUAAUGUCAAGGGGAACCUUUACUUUUGCCUUAAACACAAGUAGAGGAACUGGUGUGGUGCAGCAGUGAGCUUGCCAGACAUGAGGACCUGUGAGAUCUGGGUUCUAGUCUACAUUUGACCAGGAAGCUCUCUGGGUGACUUUGGGUCAGUCGCUCACUCUCAGCCUAACCUACCUCUUCCUUCUUGUUGUGAAGAUAAAAACGGACCUGGUGAGCCACCUUGAGUUCCUCACAGGAGGAGAAAAGUUGGGGCAUAAAUAUGUCAUCGUCAUCAUCUCUAGUAUGGCUCAAAUAGCAAGACAAACAGUUUUUGCAAGGAAUCAAUAGCUUCCUUUAACAGCUCAAAACACAGCCCUGAAGUGAACGUGGUAAUUAAGGUUAAUUGUGAAUGGUAUCUGUUUUGUAAGCCGCCCUGAGGCUUUUUGCGAAUGGGGCGGCAUAGAAAUGUUUUAAAUAAAUUAAAUAAAUAAAUAACUUUUUUUGCACUGUCAGCAACAGCAGUGCUGACAGAAUCUGCUAAGGAGAGGACAGACGUGUUGUAGAGAAGCCCUUUGAGUUUUAUCUCUUUUUAAAGCAUAUAGCCAAGGAGGGAGUCAAACAGACAUGAUGAGGGAAGCAGAGAGUACAUCUUCCUCAGUGUCGGUUUCUCUUCUGCUUUCAGAAAAGGGUCAUGUACAGAAGCAAUACAAAGUGCCGAUUCAUGGCUCAAAGGGGAGUGUGAUGGGGCCUGGUGGGGAGUGAACCUCAGCCCCCUAGAACUUCCUCCUACCUUUGCAUUUUCCUGCUCAGUGUGGAAUCUGAGGCAUGCCAUAAAGCCUUGAACAGUUGGGGCCAGGCUAAAUUUAUAUAUGCAUUGUAAGCUUUCGUAAAUCACUUUACUCCCCACAGCAAUGGGUAUUUUAAGACAAAAAAUAAACUUGCAUCAGAAUAAACGCCAGAAUGAAAUAUUAUUUAAAGUGGCCUUCUCAAUACUUUGAACUACAUCUCCCAGCAUUCCUGACCAUUAGCCAUGCUAGCUAGAUCUGGUGGGAGUUGAUGCUCAAAACAACAGGAGGGCACCCGGCUGUUGUUUUAAAGGCUGCUUUAAAACGAGCUAGAACAUGACUAAUAUCAAUAGUGCAGUGGAGAAGUGUCUUUCUAACUGCGUGUAUGAAACUCAGGAGUUAAGGAGCCAAUCUGACUUGCAUGGAGAAAACAUUCCUUGUUUAGGGUACUGCUACGAGAAAGGUCUUGUCUUGCGCACCAGUCAACCUAGUUCUUCUUUGUUCACCAGGGCCCUGAUGAAAACUGCAGAUUAGGGGAUUGUUCAAAGCUGGCCCCAAGCUGUUUAGAGUUUUAUAGAUCAAGACCAAGCCUUUGAAUUGGGCUUGAAAACAAAUUAAGAUCUGGUGUCUUUGGUUCAUCACAGGAUCCCCACGUGGCAGCUCCGGACAUCUCCAGUGGCAUUCUCAGAACUCUUCAUUUUCUAUCUCUUAAAAACGUUCAGCACUGAAAAAUGUUGGGGCACCAGGUUGGCCUUUUUGUUCCUGAGCUUGCUGUUCAAUGAGGGAUGAAAGACAAAGGAAUAGAAAGGAGAGAGAGAGACAUAAAGAAGUGAAGGAGAGAAACAGCAAGAGAGCGUUCAGCUAUUGAGUGAUAAAAAUGAAAUAAAGAGAAGGAGGAACGGGAAGAAAGAGCAAAGCUUGCAGCUCGGAAGAGACAAAGGCAGUGUGGAUGGGACGGGGAGAGAAAGAGGGAGAAAAGUUGAGAGCAGAGAGAAAGAGGGCAUGUAAAGACAACAGUCCUGAGUGGAUGGAGAAAAACGGCAGGCCAGGAAGUAAGGCGUUCAUGUCCCACUCUCCAAGACUAGCUUUGCUCAUCCUCUCCACAACCACUUGACUAGUCGCCUCUUCCACCAGAGCGCACAGCAGUUCCUCAGAUUCCCAGAUCUGUCCACCAGCCCCAAAAGUUUAGGAACCCCCUGCAAAAUACGGUGUCGAGGGAGCUUGCAAGAUAAGACUCUUCUGCCUCCUCUUUCAUAAGCUGCUGUUUCUGAACUCUUUUCUUGGGCAGCCUCGCCUUAUCCCACACCUGUCCACUGUUUUUGCCAGCAGAAGCAUCAAACCGUAUUCCUUGAACCUUGAAAAUGAUGCAAAAGGGCAUUUUCACAUAUGGUCAUAUUACUACCGGGGCUGGGUCCCGAUUUGCUCUUCCUUGGAGUGAAUCCAUUGAAAUUGGAGGGAAUAAUUCGUAUUUCUUCAUUUAAAGGGUUUUAUUGUGUCCCUUUUUCAACCAAAAAGGCUGUCUAAGCAGGUUCAGUAAUCCAGAGAACAAACAUUUUCUGCUCUCGACUUGUACUUUAUUAAGAUAUGAAACACAAGGACCACUAAAUAAGGGAAGCAGGCCACAGGAAGUGUUCGUUCCGCAGGGCCAGUGGAAUGGUUUCACUUCCCAUCUCCUCUUUCACACUCAUGUUGAACUUAAGCCUUAUUGAUUUCAAUGGGCUCAUGAACAAACCUAAAUACAACCCGAUUUGUUUAACUGACUUUAAGUCUCUGUAAGGCCAACAACUGGGAUAAACAAAGGGAUAAAGUCCUAAGGGAAACUUCAGAGAAGCUAUAUUUGCAGUUCUUGUCUUCUCCAGGGAAUGGACUAGGUUUUUUAAGCAAUUUUUUUAAAGUUUUAAAAUCAAAACCACACCAAAAAUUAAAAAAAAACCCCACCAAGAAUAUUGCCGUUUUUUUCUUACAUAAGAUAGACUAGAUGAACUCCAAGGUUAUCGUCCUACUCUAGGAUUCAGGCUGUAUUGCUGUUCUUAUAUGAGAGCCAAACCUGUUGAAUAUUGUUGGAUAUACUUUCCAAGUAGUUGUGCGUAGGAUCACACACUUAAGAUCGAAAAUCCGCCAGCAGAGGGCUUCAUGGCACAACUGCCAUUGUUUAGUAAAGCCAUUUAUGAUUGCGGUUUAUCUCAUUUUCCCCCAAAGGUGUCGGAAAAUCAUGCCUCCUGCUACAGUUCACUGAUAAACGGUUCACGGCUAUCCAUGACUUGACGAUCGGUGAGAGCAGGUUCCAGGCAGGUCUCAGGUGCUGUCCGGGGAGGACACGGUAGCGUGGAGAUGCUUUCUGUAUCCAGAGGAAGCCACCUGCGGUUCUUCUAUCAGCAGGACUGCCAGCAUAUGUGGUUGGCCUCGCGGAGUUACAUAACAAAAGCAGGCAGAGCCUGGGCAAUGAGAAAAGCAAAGGGAGAAAGAUGCCAUAUCAUUCAUUUUAUGACAUACAUCCAUCCAUUCUUACGUCCAAAAGCAGAUGUGCUGAACCUCUGGGGGCCGGAUUCCAUUUCGGAGGAGCCCCCAAGGGCCACAUCUGGCGGUGGGUGGAGCCAAAGGCAAAGCGGGGGGGGGGCAAAAGGGCGCGCAUGUUUUUGGCUGAAAGUGCUCGGCAACCGUGGAGCAAGGAGAAUCCAAAACGGGCUGGAAGCCACUGGCGAUACCGAAGUGGGAAGCAGCGCCCGUGGGGAUGGGGAGGCAGCCAAGCCCACUCGAUCUUCCUCACCCCAAAACACCUCUUCCUAUUCUUGCUUUUUCUUCCCAGGUGUGGAAUUCGGCUCACGGAUGGUCACCGUUGAGAACAAAAAGAUCAAGCUGCAGAUUUGGGACACGGCUGGACAGGAAUCGUUCCGCUCCAUCACUCGCUCGUACUACCGGGGGGCCGCUGGGGCACUGCUGGUCUAUGACAUCACCAGGCGGGAGACCUUUAAUCGCCUGCACUCCUGGCUAGAGGAUGCGCGGCAGCAUUCCAGCUCCCACAUGGUCAUCAUGCUGAUCGGUAAUAAAAGUGACUUGGAGAGCCGUCGGGCUGUACGGAAGGAAGAAGGGGAGGCUUUUGCCCGGGAACACGGCAUGGUUUUCCUGGAGACCUCCGCAAAGACAGCAGCCAAUGUGGAAGAGGCUUUUCUCAAUACAGCGAAGGCCAUCUACGUGAAGAUUCAGCAGGGCCAGUUCGAUAUUGCCAACGAGGUUAGGAAAUGGCAUCCGGGUCGGCCCCCAGCAAAGGUCAAUUCUACAUCCUGGAUCCGCCAUCCGCCAGCGUACUCCAGGCUCGGGAGACCGAUCAGGUUGCUGCUAAGUUUUCCCCCUCUUCCAACGAGGUCUAUUGAAGCUUGGGAAUGCACAGAAGAUGCUCCCCCCCCCCUUCUCUUUCAUUCGAUUUCAGGCACCAUGCUGGGGACCAGAAUCUUCUGAUCUAACCUGCUCAUGACCUUGUUACAGGCACCCUCUGAACAUGGGAAUUGGGUCUGGACCUAGCGUUGCCUCUGAUUGAGGGGCCUUUGAUUAUCCUGGGCUGUAGCCAUACUGCCUGCUUUCCUUGGACUCUUUCCAGGUCCCUUCAUUCCCCAACUUGUGCUGUAUUUCAACAGUUUUCCCACCUACUGUUGGGAAAGGUCCAUUCCAUGCUCUGGGUUCCCUGAGCCCAGGAACUGGGGAGUUGAUCACCUUACACACUCUGCCUGCCCCAUCUUAGAUUUGAAGCUGUGCCAAACUGUUUCUCUUCAUAUUAAAUGUUUCUAUGUUUGAA